CGCAAAGCUCAGAACAGAGCUGCCCAGAGAGCAUUUCGAGAACGGAAAGAGAGACACAUGCGAGACCUUGAGGUUACAAUAAAGCAGAUGCGAGAACAGCGUGAAAAGGUCUACUCGGAAAACGAACAACUAAAAAGCGACAACGAAGUCCUCAAGUGCGAAAACUGGUACCUCAAA